CGCCCAGGCAUUGGAGCGUGAGAUGCGUGAUCCACACAGUAUUUGCAACAUCGACUGCCUACUGGAUACAGUGAAUGCGUUGGUUAACGAUUGUGAUCAUGAAUCAUUGAAGCGUCUAAAGAAUAUCGAGCAAUAUGCCACCAAAUAUAAGCCGAUGUCAAAGCAGAUUUGCCAGCUGCGUAUGAAUGUCGAAGACUUUGAUUUUAUCAAACUGAUCGGCGCCGGCGCCUUUGGCGAAGUGCAACUGGUGCGACAUAAAUCCUCGCGGCAAGUGUACGCCAUGAAACGGUUAUCCAAAUUCGAAAUGAUGAAGCGUCCCGACUCCGCCUUCUUCUGGGAGGAGCGCCACAUUAUGGCACACGCAAAUUCAGACUGGAUCGUGCAGCUACAUUUCGCCUUUCAGGAUGCCAAAUAUUUGUACAUGGUCAUGGAUUACAUGCCGGGCGGCGAUAUUGUCUCGCUGAUGUCAAUGUAUGAGAUACCGGAGAAGUGGGCCAUCUUCUAUACAAUGGAGGUUGUGCUCGCACUGGACACCAUACAUAAUAUGGGUUUUGUGCAUCGUGACGUGAAACCGGAUAAUAUGCUGCUCGAUCAUCAUGGCCACUUGAAGUUGGCCGAUUUCGGCACAUGUAUGCGCAUGGGUCCCAAUGGCUUGGUGGUGUCGAGCAAUGCCGUCGGCACGCCGGAUUACAUCAGUCCUGAGGUGUUGCAAUCACAGGGUGUGGAUAAUGAGUAUGGACGCGAAUGCGAUUGGUGGUCGGUUGGUAUUUUCCUGUACGAAAUGCUUGUGGGUGAUACACCAUUUUACGCGGAUUCGCUUGUGGGCACGUACGGUAAAAUUAUGGAUCACAAGAAUUCGUUAAGCUUUCCCGCUGAGGUGGAGAUAAGUGAGAGCGCCAAAUCGUUGAUGCGUGCGUUUCUCACCGAUCGCACACAGCGUUUGGGUCGGCAUGGCAUCGAUGAAAUCAAGGCGCAUCCGUUCUUCGAAAACGACACCUGGACGUUUGACAACAUACGCGAUAGCGUGCCACCAGUAGUGCCCGAGUUGUCCUCUGAUGAUGAUACGCGCAACUUCGAGGAUAUCGAACGCGAUGAGUCGCCGGAGGAAGUGUUUCCCAUACCGAAAUCGUUCGAUGGCAAUCACCUGCCCUUCAUUGGUUUCACGUAUACCGGCGAUUACCAGCUACUCUCCAAUGACACUGUCGACGCCGAGGCAAAGGAGUCGGCGAAUGCGAUCGCCAACCACAGUCACCGGCAUCGUCCUUCCAAUUCAAAUGAAAUCAAACGUCUCGAGGCACUGCUCGAACGCGAGCGCAAUCAUUCCGAAACGCUGGAGAAGCAAGACAAAGCGCUGCGUCAACAAAUCGAACUAAUUAGUAAGCGCGAAGCUGAACUGCAGCGCAUCGCCUCGGAGUAUGAAAAAGACCUGGCGUUGCGGCAGCAUAACUACAAAGUGGCCUUGCAGAAAGUCGAGCAGGAGAUAGAUCAACGUAAAAAGACUGAGGCACUGCUCGCCGAGGCGCAGCGCAAUCUCGACAACGAGCAGAAGAUACGCACACGCGAGAUGAACAAUAAUCUACAUCACAAUGAGAAGAUCGUCACGCUGGAAAAACAGCUAAAGGAAAUGGAGGAGAAUUUCAAAAACGAGAAUGAGCACGUGCAAAAGCUCAAGAAGCAGGUGGCCGAAUUGGGUUUAACACAGCAAGAGUUGGAGGGCAAAUUGGCGCAAUUGCAGGCAUUGAUUGCCACCUUACAAUCUCAAAAGGAUGCGCUGCAGCAAGAAGUGGCCGAAACGCAAGCGCAGCUGGCACAAGAGAAGAAUGGGCGCUCGCAGCUGAAAGAACAGGUCAAGGAGUCUGAGAAUAAACUGCAAACUAUGGCGAAUGACUUGGAACGCGUGACGCAGCGCGAGCAGCAAGCGCACGAAGACAAUCGCGUACUAACCGAAAAGAUCUCUGAUCUGGAGAAGGCGAAUGCUAGUCUGGACUUUGAGCUCAAGGCGUUGCAGAGUCGUUAUCAGCAGGAAGUGAAAGCGCACCAAGAGACCGAGAAGUCGCGCAUGCUUAGCCGCGAAGAGGCGAAUCUACAGGAGGUAAAAGCGCUACAGACCAAGCUCAACGAGGAGAAGUCAGCGCGCAUUAAGGCCGACCAAAACUCACAAGAGAAGGAACGCCAGUUAAGCAUGCUGUCGGUGGACUAUCGUCAAAUACAGCAACGCUUGCAAAAGUUAGAGGGUGAAUGCCGCCAAGAAACCGAGAAAGUAAUGGCGCUGCAGUCGCAGAUCGAACAGGAGCACUGCAAAAAGAACACACUGCUCUCCGAGCUGAGUUUGCAGAGCUCCGAAGUUGCGCAUCUGAAAUCGCGCGAAAACCAACUGCAGAAGGAGGUCAGCUCGUUGCGGGAGGCGAAGCGUAAAUUCGAAGAAGAAAUUUUGCAAAUCAAAAACACAUUGAACAAGGAAAUUCUCUUGAAGCGCGAAUAUCAGGAUCAACUGGAAGCCGAACAGUAUUUCUCACGCCUCUACAAAACACAAGCGAACGAACAUCGCGAAGAGAUAUCGGAGCGCUGUCGUGAAAUACAGGAUCUGAAAGAGGAACGCACAUCCCUCAAACACCAAGUACAAGUGGCUGUGGCGCGUGCGGACUCUGAAGCGUUGGCGCGCUCCAUAGCUGAGGAGACCGUGGCCGAUCUGGAGAAGGAAAAGACAAUCAAGGAGUUCGAAUUGAAGGACUUCAUGACCAAAUAUCGCAAUGAAUUGGCAGCGAAGGAGGCGGCUCUUACGACAGCUAAGGAAACCGAAACCGAGUAUGUCAAGAAAUUGAACCAGAGUAAUGCGGAAACCGACGAACUCUUGCAACAGCAAAAGAAACUGCAAGAUGAAAUGUCGCAACUGCGCGCCACCAAGGGCGAAGAGCUGGCCAAGCUGAAGGAGAAACUGCAAACCGAAAUGCUACUGAAGCAGGUGGCUGUCAACAAACUGACAGAGGUGAUGAAUCGGCGCGACACGGACUUGCAAAAGCAAAAAGGCAAAGCGCGUUCAUCCGCCGAGUUGCGUAAGAAGGAGAAGGAAAUGCGUCGGCUGCAACAAGAGCUCUCGCAAGAGCGCGAGAAAUACAACCAGUUGUCGCAAAAACUGCAAGACGUGCAAAGCCAGAUCAUCGAAGACAGUCAUAUCAAGCAAAAGCUACAAAUGGAAAUCGACUGCAAAGCCACGGAAAUCGAGCAGCUGCAGUCGAAGCUCAAUGAAACCGCCUCACUGUCUUCAGCCGACAAUGAUCCCGAGGACACCCAAGUGCUUGACUCGGUGUUCGAGGGCUGGUUAAGUGUGCCAAAUAAACAGAAUAUACGCCGUCACGGCUGGAAGCGGCAAUAUGUGAUUGUGUCAUCGCGCAAAAUCAUCUUUUACAAUACCGAAAUCGACAAGCAGAAUACAAUCGAUCCUGUGCUUAUAUUAGACUUAAGCAAAGUAUUCCACGUGCGUUCUGUGACGCAAGGUGAUGUGAUACGCGCCGAUGCCAAAGAGAUACCACGCAUUUUCCAGCUACUCUACGCCGGCGAGGGCGAAGCGCGGCGUCCAGAUGAACAAAAUCAAUUGGACAUCAGUCAGUUGUUGGCGGACGAACGGCCCAGCACCAUUAUGUAUAAAGGUCACGAAUUCGUGCACAUAACGUAUCAUAUGCCAACGGCCUGCGAGGUCUGUACAAAACCACUGUGGCACAUGUUCAAGCCACCAGCGGCGUAUGAAUGUAAACGUUGCCGCAAUAAAAUCCACAAGGAGCAUGUAGACAAUAACGAUCUGCUGGUGCCGUGCAAGCUGCAUCACGAUCCGCAUACUGCCAAAGAAAUGCUGCUGCUGGCCGGCACGCCCGACGAGCAGCAUCUGUGGGUGACACGCCUCUCCAAGCGCAUACAGAAGUUCGGCUACAAAGCCAACUCGUCAUCGAACAAUAACAGCGGCGGCGGCGAUGGCAGCAAAAUAUCGCCAAGCCAAUCGACGCGCUCCGCUUACAAGCCAUACGCAGUUAACGUACAAAGAUCAGCCACGCUGCCAGCCAAUUCUUCAUUGAAGCAGUGAUCCGCUAAAGCAAUCAAAUAUUUUAUAGAAGACAAAUAUGUAGACAUAUAUAUAGUAUAUAGUGGUAGUAGAUGAGCGAAUGACGUUGUGUGAAAUGCUGCAUGUGCGUAGACUGUGUGUACGUGGAGGAAAAACAACAAAUAAUAUUAAACAAAAACAAUGUAGAAGCAUAUUUGCUGCAUAUCUAAACUUCUAUACGAAUUUAUAUACUUGUAUAUUAGUUUUCACUACUUUAAACACACACAUACACACCCACACGCACACGCAGUUCUAAGCGCGCAUUUGCCGUUACAUACAUACAUACUUUCACUUAGCAUAUGCUCUUAUGCGUUUACAUUUUAUGAAAAUGCAUACUGUACAUACAUACAUACAUAUAACUGUAGAAUGAAGAAGAAGCAGCAGAAACUAAUUUACUUUGCUGGUAAAUGUAAUAACUUUCCAUAUCAUAAUUAUUAUUAUAUUAAUUAUUAUGUUUGUUAAAGCUAAAAUGUUGAAUUGAAACAGAAUAAUGUUUAUAUAACUGUCAUAUCAUCUUAGCGCCGCCAAUUUACAUACAUACGCAUUACUUCCUGUAUCUUAACGCCGUAUGAAAUGCAAAAGCAAAAGCUAAUAAGAGUUUAUACAUACACACACACAUAUACAUAUUAACUUAGCGCGUCGUUAUGUAAGUUAAAUUUUUAUACAUUUAUUAUUAUUAUUAUUUAAUAUUACGUAAGUAGUGAAAUAAGUAAUUUGCUUUUGUAGCGUUAUAAAAUAAAAAAAAUAUAUAAAUUUACAGUUGACUUUUUAAAGCGUGUGAAAAAGCAUGAAAAGUUAAAUCAAAGAAAAAUAAAUAAAAAAUGUGAAAAUUUAAAAAAAAAAUAUUUAUAUAUUAAAAAUCCGACAUUCUAAUAAAUAACACCAAGAGAUCAUUGCCAAACUUUUUGAAACUGAAAACUAUACUAUAACUAGUGCUAGUUUUAAGCCAUGGCCACCACAAUCGAUGCAAAAACGUGAGAAACUCUUUUGAGCGCCAAAUUUGUAAAAUGUACAUAAAAUUUACAUAAUUAUAUAACUGUUGUUUUAUAAAAUUUCAAAAUUUUUUUUUAUGAAAGCGCUGUUUGGUGUUUAAAAUUUUUUUUUUUGUAAAUUCCAGCAAACCUAGAAUCAGUUUAAAAACAUAAAAAAUAUUGAAAAGAAAGUUUUGGCGAUUUCGAAUUUUUUUUUAAUUUUUUUUUUCAUGAAAGCACUGCUUAGUUUUUAAAAUAUAUAUAUUUUUUUAAUUUCAGUAUAUUUAGAAACUGUUUAAAAAUUAAAAAAAAAUUAAUAGAAAUUUUUGGCGCCAAAAGAAAGAAGUCUACGAAAAGAUUUAAAACUGUUUUCAAUUAUAUUUAAAAAACUAGAAAGUGUAAUUUACGCACCUAUUUGUUAGAAUUCUUCUGUUACGGGCAGCUUUUUUUAUAUCACUAUUCUUUUUUGGGAGUUUAAAAAUUAUGAAAAAUAAUUUAAA